UGGGAAAUGGCGGCCGCGGGCUUGGUGGCUGUGGCAGCGGCUGCGGAGUACUCUGGCCCCGUGGCGUCCGGGGGAAACCUCUCCGGUGCAAACUGUGGACCGAGCCCUGGACUAGGCCCUGGUCCUGGCCCGGGCUCGUGGAGCCGCUCGGUCGACCGAGCCCUGGAGGAGGCGGCGGUCACCGGGGUGCUGAGCUUGAGCGGCCGGAAACUGAGGGAGUUUCCCCGGGGAGCGGCCAACCAUGACCUGACGGACACCACCCGGGCCGACUUGUCACGGAAUCGCCUCUCAGAAAUUCCUAUGGAAGCAUGUCACUUUGUCUCUCUGGAAAGUCUUAACCUAUACCAGAAUUGUAUUCGGUAUAUCCCAGAGGCCAUUCUAAACUUACAAGCCCUGACAUUCUUAAAUAUUAGUCGGAACCAACUCUCGACAUUGCCAGUACACUUGUGUAAUUUACCAUUGAAAGUCUUAAUUGCUAGUAAUAACAAAUUGGUCUCACUUCCUGAAGAAAUUGGACAUCUCAGACAUUUGACGGAACUUGAUGUGAGCUGCAAUGAAAUUCAAACUGUACCUUCCCAAAUUGGUAAUCUGGAAGCCUUGAGAGACUUUAAUGUAAGAAGAAAUCAUCUAGUACGCCUGCCUGAAGAGCUGGCAGAAGUGCCUCUGAUACGACUAGACUUCUCGUGCAAUAAAGUCACAGCCAUCCCCGUAUGCUACCGGAACCUUAGGCACCUCCAGGUGAUCACCCUAGAAAACAACCCACUGCAGUCACCUCCUGCACAGAUAUGUAUAAAAGGCAAAAUCCACAUAUUUAAAUACCUGAACAUACAAGCUUGUAAGAUUGCUCCAGAUUUACCAGAUUAUGAAAGGAGACCAUUGGGAUUUGGCUCAUGCCAUGAAGAACUGUACUCACGUCCUUAUGGAGCCCUCGAUUCAGGCUUCAAUAGUGUGGAUAGUGGGGACAAGAGGUGGUCAGGAAAUGAGCCUACAGAUGAAUUUUCAGAUUUGCCGCUUCGAGUGGCAGAGAUUACUAAAGAGCAGAGACUUCGGAGAGAGAGCCAGUACCAGGAAAAUCGCAGCAGUGUGGUAGUCUCAAAUGGUGGAGUGGAGCAUGAUCUGGAUCAGAUUGACUACAUUGACAGCUGUACUACAGAAGAAGAAGAGAACGAUGUCAAACAGCACAAAGGCUUGGAUGCCAACAGUCUCAGCUCACAGUUCAUGGCAUACAUUGAACAACGGCGGAUCUCCCAUGAGGGUUCACCAGUAAAGCCAGUAGCUGUUAGAGAAUUUCAGAAAACAGAAGACAUGAAAAGAUACUCACAUCAAAGCAGGGUUCCAGCUGAGCCAUCCUCCGUGUUAUCACUGCCACCAAACCACAAUCGGCUUUCACAUUCAGACUUGGAGCUUCAUCAGAGGAGAGAACAGUCAGUCGAGUGCACUCGGAGAGAGGCACAGCUCGCAGCCCUGCAGUAUGAGGAGGAGAAAAUAAGGACUAAGCAGAUUCAGAGAGAUGCUGUCUUGGACUUUGUCAAACAGAAAGCAUCACAAAGUCCACAGAAACAGCAGCCUCCUGGAGAUGGUGAGUGUCCCCUCCCAUCCCGAAGGUCUCAGCACACAGAUGAUAGUGCCCUGUUAGUGUCGCUGUCAGGCAUGGAAAGAGUAAGCUGCGUGGCUACCCUGCCUCACUCUUCUGCCUUCACACCUCUUAAGAGUGACGACAGAGUCAAUGUCACCUCAAGCUUUCCUAAGACAGAGACAGUCCAUCAUUCCCCUGCAUAUUCUUUUCCUGCUGCUACCCAGAGAAAUCAGCCCCAGCGCCCUGAAAGCUUCCUUUUCCGAGCUGCCGUUAGGGCAGAAACCAAUAAAGGGCGUGCCUCACCCCUUCUGUCCUCUGCACCUGACCCUGCAGAUCCUGUAACGAGACAGAGAGAAGAGGAGCUGAGAUUAAUAGACCAGCUGCGCAAGCAUAUUGAGUACCGAUUAAAAGUAUCUCUGCCCUGUGAUCUUGGAGCAGCUCUGACUGAUGGUGUUGUACUUUGCCACUUGGCCAAUCAUGUUCGGCCUCGAUCUGUCCCAAGCAUUCAUGUCCCAUCUCCAGCCGUGCCUAAAUUAACAAUGGCAAAAUGCAGGCGAAAUGUGGAGAACUUCCUGGAAGCUUGCAGAAAAAUCGGUGUACCCCAGGAGCAAUUAUGUUUGCCUCUGCACAUUUUAGAAGAGAAGGGGUUGAGCCAGGUUGCCGUGACUGUCCAGGCCCUCCUGGAACUUGCCCCACCCAAGCAGCAGCAGCAGCCCCCACCCCAGCUCUCUGCUGUCUGAGGACUCCCAGGGCCCUGGGUGUUGACACAGCCAAAACAAGGAACAGGAGGAUGCGAUUGCUGGCCCCGCCUGCUCACAUAGCCCUAUGCAUUCCUAGAAGCCCUGUCUUCAUGAUUCCUGCCAGGAAUGUUUGCUUCAUCUCUCCAUUUUAGGGGAAAUUAUUUCCACUAUUUUUUGUUUUUAAUGAAGACACAAUCCUCUUAAGUGGAACUUUCAUUACUGAGGACUCAACAUGGAAGCCUAAGCUGGCUCUGCUUUCUUCGUGGGGAGCAGGUUCAUUUUUCAUGCCAGAGACAGGAUCUUGGAAGCCGCAUAUUUCUCUCUCAGAAGACAGACAUGCUGCUGUCUUUCCGGUUCCCGGGUUCUACUCGCUGGUUUCCACAGUUGGGCUUCAUUCUCCUGGAGCAUUUGUGAAAUCCAGAUUUGCAUCAGAGGUUUUGGCUGUGGCCUGGGAACCUGCAUUUCCAGCAGACGUUGAAGUUGCUCUCAGGCAGUAGAGACUGUGCCAAGACACAUAGUUAUGUGGUUUGGGUACCACCCUCCUGCACUUUUCAACUGCAUUCAAAUCAAAGGCUAUGUUAUGAUGACUUGGACAAUUCUGUCAAAAAGAACAAAAAUAAUAGAGAAGCCUUCAAUUUUGCACUGUAUAACAGUUAUUUAAAACCAGUGUCCAGGCCUCUCCACAGCCCUGCCCGCUCCCACCCCAUCUUUUUCUAGAGGGUGGUUCUGUGCAUCACCCUGCCAUUUCCUAAGCACAGGCACUCUACACACAGUUCUAAGCUGUACAGUGUAACUUGCACUACUCAACAGUAUUUGCAUUUGCCUCAGUGAGCCCUGCAUGCUGAUCCCAGGGCACUUGAACCAGGCGUGGCAUAUGCAGUAAAAGCUCUCUGGCUCAUGGGACACCGAACACAACGCCAGAAGAGGUGAAGGAAGCCACACUUCUUAGAGUCCUUGCAGGUGACAGCCAGUUUCCUUAGCUUUAAGAAAGCACUCGAGCAGCUUCCUGUCUCUCAUCUAGCCCCUCCCCCGUCCACCGCCUGUGCCUUACUCCUUUGCUGUGCGCAGACAACAGAAGGACCUAGGGCUCCAGCACAAAGUAGGCGUCUUCGUGUAAACCUAAGUACACAGGCGUUUCUUCCCCUAGGUUUUGCACACUUGUUAGUUGUUGUGUCUUUGAUGUGGCCAGUAGAGUAAUUACAUAAAAGCUGUUUCAUAAGGUAUCCCCUGCAGUCUUCCCAAGGCUUGCAUUUGAGAACAGUAUUUACCCUGUGCGGCAUCCAAAAGUAAUAUCUUCGAUACUGGACCAUGUUCCAUCCCCAGUACCACCAGAAGUAAGGUGCAGAGAGGCACAGGAGCCUGUAAUUCCAGAAGUGGGAGCUGGGUGGUCAGGAUUUGGCCGGAUGCUAGGCAGCUACAGGCCACCUGGGCUACAUUAGACUGGCUGAAGCGCUGCCUCAGCAGCUGAGGACACUUCCUCCUCUUGCAGAGAGUCGGGGUUCAGUUCCCAGCGCCCUGAGAUGACUUCCUCAGGUACCAGGCAUGUACAUGGUACA